AUGUUUAGUCCAUUACAAUAUUCAUAUGCGGAUGAUGAAUAUGAUACACUCCCACCGUUACCGCCGCAAAUGAAAGCACCACCAAAAAAAGCUGCUCAUCUACUUGAUAUACCUACUGGUAAUAAUGCAUGGAGUGCUGUAUUACAACAAGCAGAAAUUCGAAGACGUAAACGACGACAAACAACACCUGAACAUCCUGCUCGAGCAUUAUUUUGUUUAACACUUGAUAAUAAAUUACGUCGAACAUGUAUUAAAUUAGUUGAAUGGAAACCUUUUGAAUAUUUGGUGCUUUUUACUAUUUUUUGUAAUUGUGCUGCAUUGGCUCUUAGUAAACCAUUACCAAAUAAUGAUACAACACCAAUAAAUUCAAGACUUGAACAAAUCGAAUAUAUAUUUUUGGCAAUAUUUACUCUUGAAGUUAUUUUAAAAAUUAUUGCUUAUGGUUUAUGUCUUCAUCCGAAUGCAUAUUUAAGAAGUGGAUGGAAUUUACUCGAUUUUAUUAUUGUUGUUGUCGGAUUUUUGAGUGUUAUAUUGGUUCAAUAUAAUGUACAAGGUUUUGAUGUCAAAUCUUUACGAGCAUUUCGUGUUAUUCGACCGUUAAAACUUGUCAAUGGUGUACCGAGUCUACAAAUUGUAUUAAAUUCAAUUUUACGAGCUAUGUUACCAUUAUUACAUAUUGCUCUAUUAGUACUUUUUGUCAUAACUAUCUAUGCUAUUAUUGGUUUAGAAUUAUUUUGUGGAAAAAUGCAUAUGACUUGUUAUAUGAAUGGAACAUCUAUAAUGCCACGAGUGGAUGAAGUUCGACCAUGUGGUGAAAAAGGUCGAAAAUGUGAUGAUGGUCAAGAAUGUAAAGAUCUCGGUUGGGAAGGUCCUUGGUAUGGAAUAAUUAAUUUUGAUAAUUUUGGUUUGGCUAUGUUGACUGUAUUUCAAUGUAUAACAAUGGAAGGUUGGACAUCAAUUUUAUAUCGAAUGAAUGAUGCUAUUGGACGAGAAUGGGCAUGGAUUUAUUUUGUUUCAUUAAUAAUAAUUGGUUCUUUUUUUGUUAUGAAUCUUGUUUUGGGUGUUUUAAGCGGUGAAUUUACUAAAGAAAGAGAAAAAGCUAAACAAAGAGGUGAUUUUCAAAAAUUAAGAGAAAUUCAAAUUAUUGAUGAAUCAUUUCGAAAUUAUAUGGCAUGGAUUCGUAAAGCUGAAAUUGGAAAUGAUACAAAUGAUAGUACAGAACAUGAUGCUGUUCUUGAUGCAUCUGGUGAAGCAGUAAAAAAAGAACGAAAAUUAAUAACACAUUGUGGUUGGCUUUGUGCUAAAUUUCGAUAUAUUCAUAUGUUUCAUGCAUAUACUCGACGUCGUAUUCAUAGAAUGGUUAAAUCACAAACAUUUUAUUGGAUUGUUAUUGUACUCGUAUUAAUGAAUACAGCUGUAUUAGCAAGUGAAUAUUAUGGACAACCAGAAUGGUUAACAUAUACUCAAGAAUAUGCAAAUCGAAUAUUUGUCAUAUUAUUUUCAUUUGAAAUGCUUCUUAAAAUGUAUUCACUUGGUAUAACUGGUUAUUUUGUAUCAAAUUUUAAUCGUUUCGAUUGUUUUGUUGUUAUUGCAUCAAUUAUUGAAUUUGUUCUUAUUUAUAAAGAUUUAAUGCCACCAUUAGGUAUAUCAGUGCUUCGUUGUGUUCGUCUAUUACGUGUAUUUAAAGUAACACGUUAUUGGACAGCAUUAAGAAAUUUAGUUGCAUCAUUACUUAAUUCAAUGAAAUCUAUAGCAUCAUUACUUUUAUUAUUAUUUUUAUUUAUUGUCAUAUUUGCUUUAUUGGGUAUGCAAAUGUUUGGAGGAAAAUUUGAUCGUAUAUUUGAAGUUGAAGAAAAACCAAGAAAUAAUUUUGAUUCAUUUUGGAAUGCACUUAUAACUGUUUUUCAAAUUUUAACAGGUGAAGAUUGGAAUGAAGUAUUAUAUACUGGUAUACGUGCACUUGAUGGUCUUGGUCUUGCUGGUGCAGUUGCUUGUGUUUAUUUUAUUGUUUUAUUUAUUUGUGGUAAUUAUAUAUUACUUAAUGUCUUUUUGGCUAUCGCUGUUGAUAAUUUGGCUGAUGCUGAAAAUUUAACUGCAGCUGAAGAAGAAGAACAAAAAAAACGAGAAGAAGCAAAAUUAGGUGAAGAAAGUAAACUUAAUGGUGAUGUACCAAGAGUAGCUCAAGAAGAUGAUGAAACAUUAGGAACGGAUGAAAAAUUACGUAAAGAAACAGAAAAUAAUGAAUUAGAUAAUGAUGAAAAUAUUAAACAAGAACAAGAUAAUCGUGAUCUUCAUAAAGGUCUUAGUGAAGAUGAAAUGGGUGAACAAGAUGAAGAAAGAGUUACAGCAAGACCGCGUCGUUUAUCUGAAUUAAAUAUUGUUGAAAAAGUUAAACCAAUUCCACCAUAUUCAUCAUUAUUUAUAUUUCAACAUACAAACAAAUUUCGAAUAUUUUGUCAUCGUGUUUGUAAUCAUCGUGCCUUUGGAUAUAUAAUACUUAUUUGUAUAAUACUUUCAAGUAUUUCACUUGGUGCAGAAGAUCCUGUUGAUGCAGAUUCAUUUCGAAAUCGAAUUCUUAAUACAGCUGAUUAUUUUUUUACAGCUGUUUUUACUGUUGAAAUUUGUUUAAAAGUUGUUUCCUAUGGUUUAAUACUUCAUCCAGGUGCAUUUUGUCGAAAUCGUUUUAAUAUUCUUGAUAUUGUCGUUGUGUCUGUUUCAUUAAUAUCUAUGUUUAUCAAAAAAGAUCGUGCAAUGUCAGUAGUUAAAAUUCUUCGAAUACUUCGUGUACUUCGUCCAUUGCGUGCUAUUAAUCGUGCAAAAGGUCUUAAACAUGUUGUACAAUGUGUUGUUGUUGCAAUAAAAACUAUCGGAAAUAUUAUGUUAGUUACUUUUCUUUUACAAUUUAUGUUUGCUUGUAUGGGUGUACAAUUAUUUAAAGGAACAUUUUAUUCAUGUAAUGAUAAAUCAAUGUUGAAUAAAGAAGAUUGCAAAGGAUUUUAUUUGAAAAUUGCUGAUGAUCAUAUAUAUAAAGAAGCUCGAGAAUGGUCUAAUGAAAGAUUUCAUUUUGAUAAUGUUCCACAAGCUUUAUUAACAUUAUUUACAGUAGCAACAUUUGAAGGAUGGCCAGGUUUAUUACAUACAGCAAUUGAUUCGAAAGGUGAAGGUGAAGGUCCAGUUUAUAAUUAUCGACCAUUUGUUGCUCCAUUUUUUAUUGCAUUUAUUAUUGUAAUUGCAUUUUUUAUGGUGAAUAUUUUCGUUGGUUUUGUUAUUGUUACAUUUCAAAAUGAAGGUGAACAAGAAUAUCGUAAUUGUGAAUUGAAUAAAAAUCAGCGUAAAUGUAUUGAAUUCGCUCUAAAAGCUAAACCGAUAAAACGUUAUAUACCAGUGAAAAAAAGUCAAUUAAAAAUUUGGUGGUUUGUUACAUCGCCUCCAUUUGAAUAUGCUAUUUUUUCAUUAAUUAUGAUUAAUACAGUUGUACUUGCUAUGAAAUAUCAUAAACAACCUGAUAGUUAUUCUAAAGCAUUAGAUUAUUUAAAUAUUGUAUUUACAGCUAUAUUUGGUUUAGAAUUUGUUCUUAAAAUGGCUGCAUUUCAUGUUAAAAAUUAUUUUAGUGAUCCAUCAAAUUGUUGUGAUUUUAUUAUUGUUGUUGGUAGUGUAAUUGAUAUUAUUUAUACUGAUAUAAUAGCACGAGUUUGGAAAUCACAUCAGCCUGGUACAAAUGUAAUCAGUAUUAAUUUUUUUCGUCUAUUUCGUGUUAUGCGUUUGGUGAAAGUAUUAAGUCGAGGAGAAGGUAUUCGAACAUUACUUUGGACAUUUAUUAAAUCAUUUCAAGCUUUACCUUAUGUUGCUCUACUUAUUGCUAUGCUGUUUUUUAUCUAUGCCGUUAUUGGAAUGCAGAUGUUUGGUAAAAUAGCUUUGGAUGAAGAAACAUCAAUAAAUUAUAAUAAUAAUUUUCAAACAUUUUUCAAUUCAUUACUUGUACUUUUUCGUUCGGCAACGGGAGAAGCUUGGCAAGAAAUUAUGUUUGAUUGUGGACCAAGUGGAGGUGCAAAAUGUGACAGUCGAUCACGAUCUAGAAAAGGUGAAAGUUGUGCAAGUCCUGUUGCAAUUCCAUAUUUCUUAUCUUUCUAUAUACUUUGUUCGUUUUUAAUUAUCAACUUAUUCGUUGCUGUUAUUAUGGAUAAUUUUGAUUAUUUAACUCGUGAUUGGUCUAUUCUUGGACCUCAUCAUCUCGAUGAAUUUGUUCGUCUAUGGUCAGAAUAUGAUCCAGAAGCUAAAGGACGUAUCAAACAUCUCGAUGUAAUAACAUUAUUGAGAAAAAUUUCACCGCCACUCGGUUUCGGCAAACUAUGUCCACAUAGAGUGGCUUGCAAGAGAUUGGUAUCAAUGAAUAUGCCAUUAAAUCAAGAUGGUACAGUUAUGUUUAAUGCAACUCUUUUUGCAUUAAUUCGUACAUCAUUAAAAAUAAAAACUGAAGGUAAUAUUGAUCAAGCUAAUGAAGAAUUACGUGCUGUUAUACGUAAAAUAUGGAAACGAACACCACAAAAAUUACUUGAUCAAAUAAUACCACCACCAGGUUCUGAAGAUGAUGUAACUGUUGGAAAAUUUUAUGCAACAUUUCUUAUACAAGAUUAUUUUCGUCGAUUUAAAAAACGUAAAGAACAAGCAGCUAAACAAGUACAACUUGGUUUUGCUGGUGCAAGUAAAAAUUCUGUUGCAUUACAAGCUGGUUUAAGACAAUUACAUGAUUUGGGACCAGAAAUACGACGUGCUAUAUCAGGAGAUUUAGAUGAUGAAGAAACAUUUAAUCGAUUUUGGCGUGAAGAAGAACCACAACAUCGUCGAGAACAUUCAUUAUUUGGUACAAUGAUUGAUGCAUUUGCACGUGCUAUGCGUAAACCACAACAAGUACUUGGAUAUGUACCUGGUUUUACAGCGGCAUCAACAUCAUCACAAGCACCACCUGGUACUCGUAUUCGACGUGAACCUGAUGGACCAGUAUCAUUAAAAUUAGAUGCUGAUCCUAAUUUACAUAUACCAUCACCAUUUCGUGUUGGAGCUAUUACUGCUGAGAGACGUGGUAUUGAACCUGAUACAUAUGUAUUUCAAGUACCAGAACAUGAAGAAGGUCCAUUAGGACCAUUAACAUUAACAGAUCGUCGAGGAAAUAUUCGAAAAGAGAAUAGUUUUCGUCAUCGUGAACAAUCUGAAACAUCAAAUAUUGAUCAUCAUGAUCCAAAUUCUCGUCGUCGUCGUUCUAUAUUAGCACGUAUAUUUGCUAAACGUAAAACUGAUAGUCAAGAAUCAGCAUUAGUUAAAGGUUCAACAAGUACUGAUGAAUCAAAUCAACCACGAACAACGACUGCUAAUCGUUCAUUAAUUGUUGAAAAUGGUGAUACAAUACGUAAUCAAACAAGAAUACAACCUAAUUCAAUGCAAAUCAAAGGCAAAGAUGAUGUUGAAGAAUUAGUUAAUGCAUGUCUUGAUACAUCCGGUAUUGAUCGUCGUUAUAGUGCAAUAAUAUUAGAAGAAUUACGUGAUUGUACAAAUUUAACUCAUGAUCAAUUACAACAAGCUGCACAUGAAAUAACAUCACAACUUAGUUCAAAUUCUCCACAAUAUGCAUCAUUUACAUCAUCAGUCUAUGAUUCAGCUACGACAAAUAUACCUUCAUCAGAUGAACGUCUUCAUGAUUCAUCUAUUUAUUAUAAUAAUGUGUGA